CUCAGCUUCCAUCAUGACCAACAGGUGGAUCCUCCAUGCUGCAUUCCUGCUGUGCUUCUCCACCACAGCCCUCUCCAUCGACUACGAGCAGCUCCAGAUCCAACAAAGCACACGCAUUGAGACAUGUCAGGAGCUCCUGAGGCAGCUGUCUGGAAAGAUCAAACUCAGCUACAGGACGAACUUCAAGAACCCUAUGGAUAUGAUACGCCCAUCACAGAUGGAGAAGAGUUACACUGUGUUUGCCAUCCAAGUGAUGCUCCAGAAUGUCUUUCUUGUCUUCAGAAGCAAUUUCUCCAGCACUGGGUGGAAUGAGACUAUUGUUGAAAGCCUCUUGAGUGAACUCCACCAGCAGACAGAGUUUCUGGAGAAAAUACUAGAGGAAAAGAAAGAAAAAAGAUUGACUUGGGAGACAUCCACGACUACUCGACAUUUGAAGAGCUAUUACUGGAGGGUGCAAAAUUACCUUAAAGGCAAUAAGUACAACAGCUAUGCCUGGAUGGUGGUCCGAGCAGAAAUCUUCAAGAACUUUUUCAUCAUUCUGAGCCUUACUAGAAACUUCCUGAACUGAAGACCUCUUUGCCGAUGCCUCUGAGAGCUGGUGAUGGUUGCAGGCAAUCUUUAAGCAUCAGAGACUGACUUUGUGACUGGUACUGAAUCUACUGCAUUUGAAAGGUCAAAGGAAAACAUUGAAUUUUUAUUAAUUUAUAAUUUAAAUUAUUUUCUACUCUUUAUUUAAACUUUUAACCCCAGAAAAUAAAAUAUUUAU